GAUUGAAAUUGAAGACUGAAGUCUGAACCCCCAAACACAACACAACACAACUCAACUCAACUCAACUUAAACUCACACUUCAUUCCUUCCUUUACUCUCUUUGGCACCUUCUCCAUCACCAUCAUCACCAUCUUCCUUUUCUUUUGUUCUCUCUCUCUCUUACUUGCAAACAACACAGUUAACUUAACUGUUGAACAAAAAACAAUGGAGAACAUAAUUUCCAUAUGUGAUCACAUGCCUGUAGGAUUCAGAUUCCGUCCCACAGAUGAAGAGCUUGUCGACUAUUACCUCAAACACAAGCUUCUGGCUGAUGAUUUCCCUGUCCACAUCAUCCCUGAAAUCGACCUUUGCAAGGUGGAACCUUGGGACGUACCAGGAAGAUCAGUGAUCAAAUCCGAUGACCCAGAAUGGUUUUUCUUCAGUCCUGUGGAUUACAAGUACUUGAAGAGUAAAAGGUUUAACAGGACAACCAAGCGUGGCUUCUGGAAAGCCACUGGGAAUGACCGGAAAAUAAGGAUACCGGGCACCAGCAAUGUCAUUGGGACUAAGAAGACUCUUGUUUUCCACCAAGGCCGUGUUCCCCGUGGUGCCAAGACCAACUGGGUUAUUCAUGAAUACCAUGCUGUUACCUCCCAUGAAAGCCAGAGGGCUUUUGUUUUGUGCCGCUUGAUGAAGAAAGCUGAGAAAAAAAAUGAAGGGGGAAUUGAGGCACCGUCUUUUGAUGAAGGGGAGCCCAGUAUACACAUGGUUUCUGACUAUGGAAAUCCGGCAAGAGCAGAAGGCAUUGCAUCUGUAGAUAUUAUUCCUGGAGUAGAUAUGGAUGAAAUCUUUCGGGCAGUGGAUCAAGCUGAGAAAUUCUCCCCCCCAGUACAACAGUCUCCAACUGGCAUUGGGCUGGAAGAUUUUUUCCCAAACUCUCCAUUGUUCAAUGCCCGUUUUGGAAGUGAAAACAUCAAUAUGCAAACUUCACUUGAAGUUACAGAUGACGAAGAUGAGUUGGUAAAUUCAUUUUUGGUUUAUGAUGAAGAAUUUGUUAUCAAUGAAGAAAGAAGACACUGUUUUGUCAAUAGUUCCACCCAACCAAAGUCAUUGAGAAGGGUAUACAAUGAAAGCAGUGAAAUGGAUGCUGAAGUUGUCUCUAAUCUGAAUGAACACAUUAGUUCUGGUGAAUACCCUGCAUUGAAAAUGUUUAAAUCGUCACAUGAUGUUGUCCGUGGUGGCCCAAGUCGUCUAGCUUUGAACCAAAAAGCAAACAAAGAGAAAAAGGAGAGUAUCAUUCAAGAUGAUCUUUGGGCAGUGGAGACAUCCUCUUGUGACUCAACUGCAGAUGAACCAAUUGAAAUUUCUAGCUCUCCUUCCACUCCAACAAGAUUGAAAAAUCAGUAUCAUCUAAGACCAGAAAACCUCAUAUUACAAAGAACUGUAGCAGGAAGACCUCAAACACAGAAGGUUUCAAACAAUGCAGUAUCCCAUCUAGAGGUUCAGAAGGAAUUGCUCACUGUGAAAUCAGAAAAAGAUCAGAAAAAUGCUCAAAAUACUAGUUCAAGAGGGAACUUAAAAAACAAAAGCCAACAAUCCUCUGAUGUCAACAACAAUGGUUCUUUCUUUUACAUGGAGAUGACUUCAAAUCAAAGCCUAUUUCCACGUUCGGUGUAUCUUGUAAAUGUUGUCAUAGGGAUUUUGUUGUUAAUAGUCAUUAGUUGGGACGUAUUAUCAUGUUAGAACUUAGAAGCAAGGUAGUGUGUAGGAAGGGCUGGUAAGGGUUACCAUGGUUCCUUUUCAUGUAGUUCUGCUUCUGCUUCAUGGCAAGCUCAUUAUUAUAAGAUAAGUAAGGUGUAUAGUUCACAUGUAUUUUGCACUAAUGCUUGUUCACUGCAUCAUUCUUAAUGAAAUAUCGCUGCUUACUAUUUGUUGCA